GGGUCAAUAAGAAGUCGGGUUGAAUUUGGGUCAGGUCAAUAACAUGUCGAGUUGAUUUCGGGUCAGGUUGGUAACAGGUCGGGUCGGGUUGAAUUCAGGUCAGGCUAGUAACAAGUCGGGUUAAAUUCGAAUUUUGAUGGGUUAAAAUAGGUUUGGGUCAAUUUCAGAUCAAGUCGGGUUCGGUUUAGGUCAAUAAUUUACGGGUUACAUUCAGGUCGGGUCAUCUCCAGGUCAGUUCAUGUUCGGGUUCGGGUCUCACAUACUCCGGUCAACUUGGGCCUAGGGUUGGUUUCAGGUCGGGUUUGGGUCACCAUUUUUUCAGAUUCAGAUGGGUCGGUUAAUAAUCGGGUUUGAGUCGUUAUUUCGGGUCGGGUCAAGUUUUGAUAGCUCUAAAUGUAUGAAUGGACGUACAAGAUUUAUCGUGAAUAUAUGAACGGUUGAAAUUGAAAACAAUAGUAUUUGAUUAAUUGAACAUUAAACACGUUGGUUGUUGAUGAUAAAAAAAUAAUAAUAAAAACAAGUAAGCGUUGACUAUUGGUCAAAUAUGAUAAGUAGUAGAAUUAGAAUUGGCAUGGAUGGUUUGUUGUUAUUUCCAAAAGUAUUAAGGCCAUGAUAUUCUAUAAAAAACAAGGGGAGGACAAAUUUAAUUCCAACUCAACAACCCGGUUAGAUCGGAUACAUUUUCUCCUCUCUUCUCUCUUCUCUCUUUUUUUUUUUAAUUUUAUUUUCUCAUCUCUAAAAAAUCCCAAUUCAACUCACUUGUUUCCGGUUUCCCCAAAUUUUAUUUUACCCCCUGAAAAUAUGAGAAUCGAAAGAGAGAGAAAGAGGGGGAGAAGAUCCCAGAAUAGAUGAAAGGUAGAUUGAUAAUUUUGAUACGAAUGAAUGAUUAAUUUAUGUUUAUUGAAUUGAAUUUCGAAAGAAGAAAAUGGGGAAUGCGACAUCAAAUAUAGCAGCAAAGUUCACAUUCUUCCCGCCAGAACCAUCAACAUAUGAUGUGAUAAAAAAAGAAGAAGAAGAAGGAAGGUGGGUUUUAUCAGGAAUAACAUCUGAUAAAAAUGUAGAUGUUCAUUUGUUGGAUACUAAGAGUGGUAAUAAAAUUGUGGCCACUUUCUGGAAACAUCCUUUUGCGAGGUUCACCCUUUUGUAUUCUCAUGGCAAUGCUGCUGAUCUCGGUCAGUUGCAAGAUCUCUUUAUUGAGCUCAGGGCUCACCUUCGUAUCAAUAUCAUCAGUUAUGAUUACGCAGGAUACGGAGCUUCAACUGGCAAGCCAAGCGAAUAUAACACAUACUAUGACAUAGAAGCGGUUUACCAUUGCUUAAAGAGAGAGUAUAACAUUAACCAGGAAGAUUUGAUUUUGUACGGCCAAUCUGUUGGAAGUGGCCCCACAUUACAUUUAGCAUCACGCAUGACCAGGUUAAGGGGUGUUGUUCUUCAUAGUGCUAUACUUUCUGGUAUGCGAGUCCUCUAUCCUCUCAAGGUUACAUUAUGGUUCGACAUUUUCAAAAACAUUGAUAAAAUCCGGCAUGUCACCUGUCCUGUCCUUGUUAUACAUGGAACAAGUGAUGAAAUCGUAGACUUGUCGCAUGGGAAGAGACUAUGGGAACUAUCAAAGGAUAAGUAUGAGCCACUAUGGGUAAAGGGUGGGGGUCAUUGUAAUCUAGAGACUUACCCAGAAUACAUCAAGCAUUUGCGGAAGUUCAUUAAUUCAAUGGAGAAAUUGGCCAUCACUCAGCCACAUAAACAGCUUACCGAGGCCCCAAGUAUAAUCGAAUCCAAGCACUAUCGAUGUCUAGGAUUCGGUAGGAGGUAGCUAUGUUAAACUGAAUUGGAGAAACAUCCAUUUUUGUUUGGAGUAUUUAUGUACCCCUGGUGUACAGUGCAUGGCAUGUUAAUCGUCAUCCUCCAUCAAAUUAAAAGAUCUAUCAAUGAGGGGAAUAUAAUAUAAUGUCUGUUGCGUGUAUAUGCUUUUAAGGUAACUCCAUUAUUACAUAUAUAUCAACCCUAUGUGGAGGUUAGUUGAUUCUUGCAAUCAUCAUGUACUAGCUAUCAUUGAAUCCCGAUGCAGGUAUUCAUCAUGUGUCAUAUAGUUAGGGUCAAUGAGUGUAUAAUCAUGUAGUUGGAUGUGUAGAUGUAUUGAUAGGAUGAGCACAAGUUUGAUGAUUAUCUUGUUUAUAUUAUACUGCCGUUUGGUUGAGUAACAUGAGUUUUUCGAUUUCAUAUUUGGCCUUUAUUCUAUGUAUUUUUUCCUUGUAACUUACAGUUAAUUAAUUUGGGCUAAAUGUA